CAGCUGAUGGCCUUGUUGGCCCGGCAGGCGUCACUGAUGGGGGCCUUGGCUCAGAGCGGCGGUCGCCAGCCCGACGCGCUGUCGCUCCUCGCGGACGGCGGGCGCGACGAGGGGCUUGGCGAGAGCUCUGGCAUGCGACUUGGCGGCGCGCGCGGCGCCGCCGCCCUGGAGCUGUUCCGACGCCAGGUCCAGAGCAGCCCCCAGGCCGUCUCCGCCCUGGUCAGGCGGAAUCGCCAGCUCAACAUGACGGGUGCUGCGAGCGAGGAGGGCAUGAGCGACUCCACGCGGAACUACUUCGCCCGCAACGUCCCGUUCGGGCAGGCGAGGUCGUCGGCCUUCCUGGUGUUCGGCAUGGCGGAGGUGUUCGACCUGAUGGAGCGCGCCUUGUGGCGCGCCGCCGAGGCUCAGCUGGCGCUCCUCCUCUGCGCGUCGGAGCAGGCGGCCCUGAGGGAAUGGCGCUGGACGUCAGCCUGGCUGCUGACUCACCUGCCCGAGCCGCCCUGGACUUCGAUCCGCCAGGCGCCGGCCCGCGGGCAGAUCCGCCCCAUGUCCCGCUUGGCCUCGCCCGAGUGGGUCGCUGCAGCGAUCGGCUACACCAAGGACACGCUGGCCCUCGAGGGCGCGGAGCGGAAGCUUGCGCCGGCCGCGGCACCGAGGGCCGAGGAGGGCGGGGGAAAGGGGGGGGGCUCGAAGCGCCACGGCAAGGCCGCUGGCGCGCCCCCUCACGAGAGGCUGGUGGGCGGCAGCAAUUCACUGGACGUGGGCAUUCGCUGGGGCUUUGGCCUGAUCCGCCGCCUGCGCGGGCUCCGCGCGGCCUUCGGCGCCUUCGUCCGCUCCUCCAUGCACGCCGCUGGGUUCCAGGAGGUUGCGACUCCUGCCGCCGGUCUGCUGCCCUGCCCCCCGCCCUUCGGGUGGGCUGCUGGCACCCCCCCGCGGGGCGUGCGCGCUCGCAGGCGAUGGCUCCGCACUCACGUCGAGCACAUGUGGGUCAACGCCGUCAUCCUCGCACUCUCCCACCUGCACCUGGGCGAGUCGCGGAGCUGCCCGCCGCGCGCCCGCGCUGGGAGGCCUCUCAGUUCGUCUCAGUCCGAGAUGGUGUCCAGGCUGAGUAGGCUAGUGCGACCGAUGUGCCGGCCCCUGCAAUGGCAAGGUGGCCGCGUGGAGAAGGCCGACGCUCUGCUCGACUAUCUCCUGCGUGCGAUGCAUCUCCCCGUGGGCGCUGUGGCGCCCUCUCCCGACUGCGAGAUGAUGACCAUUGACCCGAGCAAGGCCCCCUUCGCCAAGGCCGAGUGCCAUUUUGACCCCCUGGCGUUCAUGGAGCGGGCCCGCCAGGCGGGCAAGCCGGGCGACCUCCUCGAGCACCUGAAGCAAUGGGACGACGUGGGGCGACUGGAGCUGGUCGACGCGGCCGACUCCCCGCAGGCCCUGCGAGGCACCCUGUUUCCCGUGUUCAAGGACGCCAGCACGCAGAGGGUCGUCUUCAAUCGCAUCGCUCGCAAUUCGUCUGAGUUGCCACUGGGUGGCUUCUCCAGGCUGACCCCGAGCGCCGCCGUGCUGGUGGACCUGGAGGUGCCGGCUGGUUCCGUCCUUCGCGUCUGGGCGGACGACCUCCAGGACUUCUACCCCGCCUUUGACUGCACCUACGACAUGGCUUGCACCAACGACGUGGCGCUCCCCCUCCCGACGAGGCUCUACGAGGGUUUCGCAGCGCUGGGCCGGCUUCGGAAGCGCUGCCGUCGUGAGGGCCGCGAGCUCCCCGAGAAAGUGGUUCCCUGCCACGGCGGCCUGAUCAUGGGGGGCCUGAACGCGCCCGACUGGGCGUGCGAGCCCCACAUGCGACUGCUCGCCCAAGCCGGCAGCUUCCCCCCAGAGCGGCGGGUGCUGAACCGCCACCUUGCCCCCGAGGGGUCUGCCUGGGAGGGCGUCGUGCUGGGCGACCACUUCGGCCUGGCUGUCGACGAUCCGGGCUCGCGGGAAGCUCGGCGAGCUAUCGAGGAGUCCUUCGCCCGCGCGCGCGAGGGCUAUGCGAAGGCGGGCCUCAGGGUCAGCGCUGGCAAGGAGGUGAAGGACGCGGCGGAGGCGACGGUCAUCGGGGCAGAGCUCCUGGGUCAUGACCGGCUCGUCGGCGCCUCCCGCGCCCGCAGGCUGGCGCUGGCCUGGAUGGGCCUGUCCAUGGCUCGGGGCCGACGCUCCACUACGCUGGGACUGCAGAGAUUCCUUGGCAUGGGGCUCUUCGCCGCGCUGUUCCGGCGGCCGACCCUGUCGCUUCUCCACCACUGCUACAAGGAGGUCGACGUCGACCGCAACCCGCACGAUGUGUUCGACCUGAGCAGCGCGGCCUGCAACGAGUGCGCCCUGUUCGCAGUCCUCGCCCCGCUGAUGGCCACCGACCUCUCCGCGGGCUGGGGCCCGCAGGUUCUGGCCUCGGACGCCUCGCACCUGGCCGGAGCGUCCGUCAAGACGCCGGCCUCAGCGCCCACCGCCAGAGCGUUCUGGCGCCAGCGCGAGCAGCGAGGCGCUCGCACGUGGCUGCACCCCUCAGGCUGGGCUGCCAUGGCCAACCCCGAGGACGGCGCCGUCCUGCAGGACCUGGAGGAGGAUGCCGCACCUCCCCCUGGCAUUGUCGACCCGACGGCCUCGCUCAUCGAGUACUUUGACGUGCUGGAGCUCUGCUGCGGGGAGGAGGCGCGCCUCAUGGGGUACCUCUCGGGCCGGGGCCUGCGCACAGGCCCGAGGAUAGACAUCAAGUGCCACAAGUACGGGGACCUGGUCGACUCGCGCCUAGCGGAGUGGAUAGCAUGGCUGAUCUGGCAGAGGCGCGGUGGGCAUGCUGGCGCUUCUGCCCACCUGAUCUCUGGCCACGGGACCGGUUUGCACGAGCAUCCCCUGACGGCCUACUCCUGGCGCACGCACAUCGUCGAGUUCUUGCUGACGCACAAGGCCGUGGACCGCUUCGACCUCUCGAUGUGCCAGUUCGGCGCGCCUUGGAAGAAAGACACUAGCCUCCUGGUGGUGCGGGGCUCCUGGCUGGCGCCUAUGGCGAGGCGCUGUCGUGGAGGGCACAAGCGCACCGUCUUGGAGGGCGGCCUGACUCCCAAGGCCGCGCUCUACCCGCACGGCUUCUGUGACGAGCUGUCCAAGCUGAUCGCCGACACCCUGGACGGGCCGACCCCGCCACCCCCGGCGGAAAGUUCGGCGCCCGCUGGAGCGUUCGAGGCCUUCUGGCUGAACGACUACGUCGGCUUCGCUCCCUGGCAGCUGCACUGCCACCGCCUUUUCCGCAAGCCCCUCCACAUCAACUUACUGGAGAUCGACGCAGCUUGCGACGCGGUGGACGAGCAGGGCCUACGGUUCCCGGAUUGCAAGCACAACCUCCUCCUAGACUCCCGCGUCUCGAUCGGGGCCAUCAGCAAGGGCCGCCCCUCGUCGACUGCGAUCAACAAGCUCUUGAGGAGAAGGGCCCCGUUGCAACUGGCCACGGGCUCGUACGUUGGGUGCCACUUUGCGCCGACGCGCCUGCAGCCAGCCGGCGUCCCGUCGCGCACGCUCCGCGACCCGGCGAGCGCUCUGGCCCGCGGGGCCGAGGCCCCGCCGCCCGCUCCGUGCUGGCUGGCCGGCCUCGAGGCCGGGGGCGCCUCAGCCUUCCGCGCUUGGGCGGCGCUCCCGCUGCAGCGCCGGCAGCAGUCGCGGUGGGCUUGGCUGGUGGCGUGCCUCUGGUGGCGCGGGCUCCUGCGGCUCGCCCCCCGACCGCGGGUGCGCGACCCCGCGCUGGGCUUCCCGGGCGAGGGCCCGCGCGGCGGAGGCGGCUGGCCUGAGAGGCCCCCCAUGGAGGUGAGCAGGGUUUCAUCCCCUGGUCAGGUGACGGCCCGGCUCCUCCCGGGCACGGCCAGCCUCCAUCAAGGUCGGGCUCGUGGAACCCUGGCACCGGCCUCCUGCGCCGCUGCAGCCUGGCCGGCGCGGCCGCUGGGCCGUCUCUUCGGGCUCCUGGUGCUGCUGCUGCUGCGGGGCCCUGCUGCCGCACCGCGCCCGCCGACCGCCCGCCCCGCUGGGGUGGACUUGACGGCCGCGCGCGGCCUGACGCCAGUGGUCCAGGAGCGCCGUGCUGCCCUCGUCUCGCAGCUCCAGCACUGGCCGGCGGGCCACGGCGGGCCCAGCUGGGACCUGUACAUCCUGAUGGACCCGGCGACGGUGGCGCGCUACCUGGCUAUGCACGGCCAGUUCCUGUGCGACACGAUGCGGAGCCGCCACGACUACGACGAGACGAUCAAUGCGGUGGUGGACGCAAAUCGUGCCCUCCGACACCGGCUAGACGCUGCGUGGGACAUCUCUUUCACGUGGAAGCACCUCACGCCGGGCUCGAACCACCAGGCGAUGCCGGAGGCGCUGCUGCUCGCCUCGGUGAGCUUGGCGCUGGCGUGGGGUUGGCGCGACGUCGCCGGCUGCCUGCCCCUCGGCUUCUUCGGGAUGAUGAGGCCCUUCGAGCUCCUGAGGCUGAGGUUCGGGGACCUCGUGCUCCCCUCGCGGACGUUGGAAC